AUGUUCGGACUUGUCCAUUGUAAUGCAUCAACUAUAGCACGACAAACUACUGAUUCAAAGCUUUUUUUUGUUCGAAUAUUAGUCAAAAAUUGGCUUUGGCCUAUUAUAACCUUUUUCGGUGUUACUGGAAAUAUUCUUGCCAUAAUUGUUCUUACUAAACGUCGUAUGAUUAUGUCGUCAACAAAUAAUUAUUUAGUUGCCUUAGCUCUUGUUGAUAUUGCUUAUCUUUUAUUAACACUUAUACUUAAUACAACAAGAAAUCCAUGCUUUCAUGAUACUACAAUAGCAGCUGUUCUAUCAGUAAUAUGUCGACCAAUUGCAGAUUUUGCAUCAAAUACAAGCGUUUGGCUUACAGUUACAUUUACAGUUGAACGUUGGGUAGCAAUAACUUAUCCAUUACAAAGUCGUACAUGGUGUACUGUACAUAGAGCAAGAAAAAUUAUCUUUAGUGUUAUGUUAGCAGCAUUGAUAUGUACAUCACCAUCAGCUUUUGAAGUGAAACUUGUACGUGAUACUGAAGUGAAAAAUUCAACUCGUCUUCGUGCCGAACAUACAGCAUUGGGAAAUAGUAUUCUAUAUCAUCAGAUUUAUUUUCCUUUCGUGACAUUUGCUAUUAUUUGGAUUCCAUUAUUAUUUCUUGUUAUAUUCAAUACAAUUUUAAUUUUAUAUGUUCAUCGUUCAAAACAAGAUGAUCAUAAAAAUAAAGAAGGUAUACAAUUACGUCGACAUAAUCGUGGAAAUCAAGGUGAACAAAGAAAAACAACAAUUAUGUUAAUUGCUGUUGUUAUUGUAUUUACUUUUUGUCAAAUUCCUCAAGCAAUAUCACUAACAAUUCAAUCAUUUUUUCACACAUUAGCUGAAACAUCCAACGUUCUUAUUUUCAAUAAUUUUGCAAAUUGUUUAGUUGCUAUAAAUGCUUCAAUGAAUUUUCUAUUAUAUUGUUGUUUUUCGGAUCGAUUUCGUUCAACAUUUCGAUCAAGUUUUUCUUUUCUACAUAAAUAUUGUACAAUAUGUCUUGAACCAAAUUGGAAAUUAACAACAGAUAAUAAUAAAUAUUCAAUAUCAGUUGAUAAUAUGUCAUCAAAUUUCGCUUAUAACCAAUCAAAUUAUUCAUUACAUGGACAACCGGUGAAUACUCGUAUAUCAAAUAUAAGUAAUGAUUUAAGUCAAAAACAUUUAAGAAAAACUUUCAGUAAUGCAUCUCAACGACAAUCACAAAUAUCGAAUAUAGAUCGAUCAUCAUGGACAUCAAUUUUAUCCAAAUUUAAAUUAAAUAGAAAUACUAAAAGUGAUUUAAAACAAACACUUGUUUCAGAAAUGUGUCCAAAUUCUCCAACAACAAGUAUUAUGAAAAGUGCUUCAUCUUACAUGCGACAAUCACCUACAUCAAAUAACUAUUCUUCAUUUAAACCUUCUCAACGUGAAACAAAACCAUUUCGUUCAUCAACUGUUUGUUUUACAACUAAAGAAAUUAAUCCAUCAUCAUCGUCAAGUCUAUUGCAUCGAUCAAUGAAUAAAACUUGUUCAAAUGAAAAAAUGAAAAAAAUAACAAAUAUAAAAACAAAUCAAUUAAAUGAUACACCAACAACACUUCGUCCAAUAUUUCAUUCACAUCGAUCAUUAGAUGAUAAGAAUACCGAACAAAUUUGGAUAAAACGUCGUUUGUCAAAUGAUGCCAUACAAAAACUUUUUAAUCCACAACAAUUCUUUUUAUGGAAAGAAAUUGUCGAUGUUACUGUAUAA